AUUUGUAUCAUUAUUAAAAAUAAGCAAAUUCGACUGCACGGUUUGUCGCCACGUUGUGAUUCACAUUUGUGUAAAAUAAAUUUAAAUAAAAAUGGUUUUGGAUUUAGAUUUGUUCCGCAGUGAUAAGGGCGGAAAUCCAGACGCUAUCAGAGAAAAUCAGAAAAAGCGUUUUAAGGAUUUAGCGCUAGUGGAGACCGUCAUCGAGCAAGACACCGAAUGGCGACAACGUCGACACCGUGCCGACAACCUAAACAAGGCAAAAAAUCUUUGUAGCAAGGAAAUCGGUGAAAAAAUGAAGAAAAAAGAACCACAAGGUGAUGCCGCUGAAGAAGUGCCUGAAAAUGUGAAGGCUACAUUGACUGAAGUAACUUCGGAUGUAUUGCGUCAGCUAACAGUGAAUCAGAUUAAGAAGGUGCGCGUACUAAUCGAUGAGGCAAUGUCAGAGAAUGAAAGGUGUCUGCAACAAGCUGAGCAACGGCGUAAUACUGCGCUGCGUGAAGUUGGAAAUCAUUUACACGAAACAGUCCCAGUAUCCAAUGACGAGGAAGAGAAUCGCGUGGAACGCACAUUUGGCGAUUGUGAACGCAAAGUCAAAUACUCGCACGUCGAUCUUAUUGUAAUGAUAGACGGCAUGAAUGCGGAAAAGGGUGCAGUAGUGUCAGGAGGACGUGGUUAUUUCUUAACUGGUCCAGCAGUAUUUCUUGAACAAGCACUCAUUCAACAUUCACUACAUAUGUUGAGUGAUCGUGGUUUUACGCCUCUGUAUACGCCAUUCUUUAUGCGCAAAGAAGUUAUGCAGGAAGUGGCACAACUCUCGCAAUUCGACGAAGAACUAUACAAAGUGGUAGGAAAGAGCAGUGAACGUGGUGAUGAGGUUGGUACAGAUGAGAAAUAUCUAAUUGCAACAUCAGAACAACCAAUUGCUGCCUACCAUCGCGAUGAAUGGUUGCCAGAGGCUUCCCUGCCUAUAAAAUACGCUGGCUUGUCCACCUGUUUCCGUCAAGAAGUCGGUUCUCAUGGACGCGACACGCGUGGCAUUUUCCGUGUACAUCAGUUUGAGAAAGUCGAACAAUUCGUGCUUACCUCGCCACAUGAUAACAAAUCAUGGGAGAUGAUGGACGAAAUGAUUGAUAACGCCGAAAGAUUCUGCCAAUCUUUAGGAAUUCCAUAUCGCAUUGUUAAUAUUGUAUCUGGUGCGCUGAAUCAUGCUGCUUCCAAAAAACUAGAUUUGGAAGCUUGGUUUGGUGGUAGCGGCGCAUUCCGUGAACUUGUUUCCUGCUCAAACUGUCUGGACUACCAAGCGCGACGUCUGCUAGUACGCUAUGGUCAAACAAAGAAAAUGAAUGCAUCCGUGGAUUACGUGCAUAUGUUAAACGCCACAAUGUGUGCCGCAACUCGUGUCAUAUGUGCUAUACUCGAAACGCAUCAAACGGAGACGGGCGUCAAGGUGCCAGAGCCGUUGCAAAAAUAUAUGCCAGCAAAAUAUCGUGAUGAAAUUCCAUUUGUAAAACCGGCGCCAAUUGAUGUCGAAGCCGCAACCGCUGCAGCCAAAAAAGGAAAAGGCAAAAAGGACCCUGCUGCUUAGAAACUUAAUUGGAGAUAUUAUGUAUGGAAUUCCGCUAAAUGCAAGAUUUGUUAUUUAUACUCGUAAUGCGUUGGGAAACACUUUCAGUUUAUAGAGUUGCUGCUUCUACAUAAACAUAAAAAUAGCUUAACAAAAUAUUACACUAAACAUUAAUGUAUUUAUUCAGGAUCAAAUGUUGGCUUGUGCGAGAUUUUUUAAAGUAAAUAAAACGUAAAUAAUUUAAUAAACACACUAAAUGCAAUUACUA